CAAAUUUUGAUUUUUACUGAAUUCAAAAAUGGAUUUUAAAGGAAGCCUACAUCACUCUAGAAACCAGAACUUAGUGCAUUCCAAUAAUAAAUCUCUCAUAACAUAUGAUGAGAGCACCAAUCUCAAAAAGAAGCUUGAUACGAGUGGCAACAACACAUACAGAGGUCUUUCAAAUAUGGAAAAUAGAAAUAAUAACUAUUUGCCUCCUGAUUUUGGCGUCAAAAGCGUUUUGAAGAAUACCCCAUCUUCAUCAUCACACCUUAUGACCGAGAGAGACCAGAGGAGCAAGAAGAGAAGUUCAAGCAAGAGAAAGGGUAGCAAGAAACGUAAAAGCAGAGAAAGGGAUAAAUAAACCAUUCAAAUCAAUAACUCCAUCUUCUUAUAUAAGAGCAGCGCCCAAAUCCAAUAAAGAGAAUGAAGCUACAGAGAAUAUCUCCUAUCGAGACAGAACAUUAUCAAUGGAAAUGAAGAGACCAAGUACUGCUUACCAAGGUAUUGAUAGACGGAAGGGAAGGCAAAAUACCUGCUCCUCAGAUUUGCUUAACAAAUACUCUGAUCCAAAGCCAUCCGAGGGGCUAAGAAUUCCGCUCUCAAAGAUACAGAAAUAACAACUACUUUUACAAAGGAACUGAAGAAGGCACUAAAAUCCCUGGGACUCAAUGUCAUACUUCCCGCUCUAGUUCCAACCCGGAUAUUCCAAGAGGAACAAAUUUAGCUGCAGAGAAUAAGAAGUUGGCUUACAUGCUUGAGAACACAGAAAAAGUAUACCAGAAAAAACUUAAAGAAUCUAAAGAAAAUGUUGACAUGAUCAUGAACAUUAUUAAGAAAUUCUGGAGAAUCCUACAGAAGCAAAUCCUCGACCCUUAUCAGAGAAGGUUUUACUUUGACAAAAAUUCUCCUGAGGAGAAUGACCUGAAGACCUUGCUUAAAGAAAACGAUCAUCUCAGGUCUAACAAGGAGAGCAAGAUUAUCCUCCUACAAAACCUCGGUCAGAUUUUGGAUCUGUGCUGUCCGAAGAUGGUUGCCAAGCAAGAAUCUGAUAAGCAGAUUUAUAAAUAAGUGAAGUAUUUUAGAAACGGAUCUAAAAGUUUUGAAAGAUAGAGAACUUCAUCUCAAGAAGGUAAUUCACCGGAAUGAGAACUUAAUCCUCUCCCAGAAGAGACAGAUUGAAGACCUUACAUACAGAAUAGACGAGCUUGACUCCUUUAAGUUCAUGACUUUACAAUCUACAGUGAGCCAACUCGCUGAAACUGAAGAUCUCCUUAAUAUGAUCAAGAAGCAAGACUUGAAGAAGAGAGACAUUUUAGUAGAACACAAGAAGCAGAGCGAUCUUCCUACAUUUUGUGGAAUGUCGUUCUGACAAGAAGACCUCCAGAAAGAUAAUAAGAGCUCUAUUGAUGUUAAACCCUCCGACCUUGCAAAGGAUAUUGAAGUAAUUCCUUCAUACAUGAAAGCUCUCACAAAUGAAGUCUUUUACUUAUUCAAUGAAGAUGAAGGAAGUAUGGUGAAGCCAAAGACCAAGAAAGUGAUGGGAGGAUCCAAACCUCUUGAUCCCAAAAUUCCUCAAUCGCCUGCUUUCUACUCAUCUUCAGACUAUCUGGAAAGUAGUACUUUUCAGAUAGUCUCAAGUAAAGAACAGAGUAGUAAUGGAAGUCAAGGCAACAAAAGAUCAGAAGCAUCUUCUAAUCAGAGUGAUAUUCUUGCGUCUGUUCCAACUUCUAAAGAGACAAGGAAGAAUAGUAAAAAGAAUGACUCAAAAUUUGAGAUUCAUAAGAACUUAUCAACGACCUUAGUGACUCCUGAUAAUUUGUAUACCCAGCAGAUUAAUUUCAGCAAGGCUCAGAAUGGGUCUCCAAAGAAAUCUUUGAGAGCAUAUAAAAGGAAGCCUUCGCAGAAUGCUUUAAAAUCCUCAAAUUUGACCCAUCUUUAAGAUAGGAAUUGCUGCAAGG